AUGAACAUAAACCUGCAGAUCAACCGCCUCGACAACCGCCCGUUGCAAACCCUAAAUCCCCAAAUCAUCGACAUGAAUCAUGAGGAAACCCUAAUCGUCUGUGCCCAAUUCCGUCUCCACGGGCUGAGCCACAACAAUCUCGACGAGAGAACAGAGUUUUUGAAGAACCUGAGGCGAUUGGAGCCCAAGGGAGUGGUUCUGAGCGAGAACAACAUGGAUUGCAGCUCCAACGGGUGUGUGGAUUUCCCGAUGGGGUUUUCACGAAGGGUGAGUACAUGUGGCAAUUUCUGGACUUGA